AUGAGUUUAUUAAAGUCCAAAUCAAGGGACGACUUAAAGCGGGACCGUGAGUUGGACGAAGCCAGGAAGGCUGGUACCGCUCCCGCCCUAAAGGAUGAGUUGGGGAAUGAUAUAAACCCUCACAUCCCUCAAUACAUUUCUAAAGCUCCUUGGUACUUAGAUCAGGGCGAACCAAGCUUGCGCCACCAGAGGGUUAGUGAGGUCCAAAAGGCACCAAUAGAUUAUGUAACACUUAGAGGCGUUAAGAACAAAGUGGCACUCAAGUUUAGGAAGGGAGCGUGCGAAAACUGUGGAGCCAUGACCCACGACUCUAAGAGCUGUGUCGAACGCCCCCGUAAAAAGGGAGCCAAAUACACAAACGAAAACAUUUGCCCAGAUGAAUAUAUCGUUGAGAACACUGAUAAAGGAUAUGAUGCAACCCGAGACCGCUGGUCUGGAUUCGACCCUUCAACUCACCUUCAAUUAGUUGAGGAGUACAGAGAUCUGGAGCAAGAGAGGGCACUGAACAAAAUCAUGAACAUUUCCAAGGAAGAUGAAUUAUCAGAUGAAGAGUCCAAAGAACACAGUGUGAUGAAUGAGACUUUUGAUUGUAAAGACGAUAAGACGAGAACUACCACAAGAAAUUUGAGAAUUAGAGAGGACACGGCUAAGUAUUUGAUUAACCUUGAUGUCAACUCUGCGUUUUAUGACCCUAAAUCUAGAUCAAUGCGCGAAGACCCUUUACUGGGUGUUAAUUGCUGUUUUAAAGGUGAUAAUUAUUAUUUCAACUCUGAAGAAACCUAUAAACCCAAAGAACUUGAGAUGUUUGCUUGGGAGAGUAAGAGUAAGGGAGUAGAUGUGGAUUUUAUCGCAAACCCAACGAAGCUGGAGAAGCUAUUCAACGAAACAAAGGAAAGGAAAGAGAAGGAAACGAAGGAAAGUAAGCAAAAAUUAAUUGAACGUUUCAAAGCAUCCGAAUAUGUCAAUAACUAUGAGGAACUUAAACCGUUAUCCAGUGUUACAAAAGAAGAUAUUAUCACAUUCAAAGAGUCGGAAUACGAGUUCGACGAGGCCAAGAUGCUGGGACAUUCCCAGAUUUGGGGUUCCUUUUACGAUGUUGAAAAGGGACUUUGGGGCUAUAAAUGCUGUAAAAUUACUAAUCGCUCACAACGCUGUAAUAUUUAA